CGGAAGUUAUUAAUUGAACAAUGGAGUGAUUUUCCAGAAAAUCUAAAAUUAAUAUAUUAAUUUACAUCGGCAUUACAGAGUGAAAAACAAAACUAUGAUUACCCAAAUCUGUCUGAUUAAACCGGGAAUUUAAACAAAUAAAAGAUUUAUUAAUUAAGGAUGGCUAGUGGAGAUCCAGGACCUGAGCUUGAAACAAACAGUAAACUUGCAGACGUGUUGUCAAACAAACUUAAUUAUGAUUCAUAUAUUGAAGAAGACUUACCCGAAGGUAGUGGGGAAGAAAAUUCUAUUUUAGAAGAUGAGCUUUUUGGUCAAGAUGCUUUCUUAAAUGAGGAUGACGUUCAGGUUAUAGCAGAAGCCACACAAGAUAGUGGAGAAGGUGGAAGUUGUAGUAAUCAGGGAGUAGAUAAUAUUGAAGACGAUGAUGGAAGUGACUGGGAAGAGGGUGAUGAUGAAGAUAAAGAAGAUGAAUCAGAGGGGGAGGAGGAGGAAUCAAGUGGAGAAUCCGAAGAAGAGGAUGAAGAAGGAGAUGACGAAUCUGAUGAAUCAGAAUUAUUAGAUGAAGAAAAGUUAGAUCAGUUAGAAUCUGAGUUAGGGGUUGAGGAUGGAGAUGAAAUCAUUUCUCUUGAGAAAUCAGAUGAAACACCUACACCAGAAGGAGAAACUACAGCUGUUGCUACAACAAGUUCUGCGACAACUAAACCUGCUUCUACAUCUACUAAAAAACGUAAACGAAAAAAGGAAAAGAAAGAAAAGUCAAAAAAGAAAUCAAAGAAUAAAUCAAAUUUUAAAAGAAAGAAUAUCAGGCAAAUAAUCAGUGAAAAGGAUUUAGAUAAAGAUACUAUAGCUGCUCAAAAUGAAGAAUUCGAGAGAAAAAGAAGAUUAAAUGAACUGAAGAAAAGUUUAGUACAAAAACAAGCCAAGGAAGAGAAAGAUUCAGAACUUAAAUCUUUACUGCAAGCUGCUGAAGAUGAAGCUACAGAAGCAUCAAAGAACGAUGAUGUUAUUUUAUUAGAUAACAAAGAUUUAGAUAAAGAACAUGAAAAAGAGAUAAUAACUUUGAGUUCUGAUGAAGAUGAAGACAUUGUUAUGGUAAGACCUAAUUUAGAAGAGGACAUUAUAGAAGAAGAGGAUAUGAACAAUGCUGGAUCACAUAUAGAUGAUUCUAUAAACUGUCGAGAUGAACAUGGAAAUGUAUUGGUAAAUCUGAGUCAUCCACCAGAAGAUCCUGAUGUAUAUCUAGCACCACAGAUAGCUAGAGCUAUUAAACCACAUCAGAUUGGAGGUGUGAGGUUUCUGUAUGACAAUGUUGUGGAAUCUUUAGAAAGACAUCAGACAACACCAGGAUUUGGUUGUAUAUUAGCCCAUAGUAUGGGUUUAGGAAAAACAAUACAAAUGAUCUCAUUUAUAGAAAUUUAUCUUAGAUACACUAAAGCUAGGAGUGCUCUAUGUAUAGUGCCAAUUAACACGCUACAAAAUUGGAUGGUUGAAUUUAAUAUGUGGGCACCUGACCCUAGUUGUGUACCACCAGGUUAUACCGAUGUUCUGCCGAGGAAUUUUAAAGUUUUCUUAUUGAAUGAUAAUUAUAAAACUACAUCGGCACGAGCCAAAGUUAUAGGACAGUGGAAUGUAGAAGGAGGCGUUAUGUUAAUGGGGUAUGAAAUGUAUCGUCUAUUGUCAUCUAAGCGUUCAUUUCCUGCUAAACCAAAACGUUCAAAGAAAACCAUGGAGCCAGAAAUUAUAGAUGUUGAUGAAGAAGAUAAAAAUAAAUCCUUAAUGACAGAUAUAUUUGGUGCUUUAGUUAAUCCAGGACCUGAUAUAGUUAUAUGCGAUGAAGGACAUCGUAUUAAAAAUAGCCAUGCUGGAAUAUCUCAAUCAUUGAAAAAUAUUAAAACCAGACGACGAGUAGUUCUAACAGGAUAUCCUCUACAAAACAACUUAUUAGAGUACUGGUGUAUGGUUGACUUUGUAAGACCUAAUUUCCUUGGUACAAAGACCGAGUUCUCUAACAUGUUUGAACGACCAAUGGCUAAUGGUGUAUGCGUUGAUAGUACAGAAAAAGAUUUACGUUUAUCCCGACAUAGAGCCUAUGUUUUACAUAGUUUAUUAGAAGGUUUUGUACAAAGGAGAGGCCAUGCUGUAUUAAACUCAAGUUUACCAGAGAAACAAGAAUAUGUAUUUAUGAUACGAAUGUCACCUAUACAAAGAGCUUUAUAUAAUAAAUUUAUGGCCUCUAUAUCAGAUACAGGACUUAGUUCCUGGGCUAAUAAUAAUCCAUUAAAAAGUUUCUCUGUCUGUUGUAAGAUAUGGAAUCAUCCUGAUGUUCUAUAUAAAAUAGUCACACAGAAAAAACAAUCAGCAGAUGAUGAUUUAGAUCUGGAAGGAAACGAAGGAAAGAAGAAAUCAAAGAAAGAUAUAACAACAGAUGGCAUGAUAACUUAUGAAUGGGCUGAUGAAUUAAUGAAAGAUUAUAUACCAGGUUUAUUAGAACAUAGUGGUAAAAUGGUGUUUUUAAAUACAAUUAUAGAAGAAUCACUAGCUAUAGGAGAUAAAAUUCUAGUGUUCAGUCAAAGUUUAUUUACAUUAAAUUUGAUAGAAGAAUAUUUAUCACAAAGAAAUGUACCAAGACCAGAUAUGAAUGAAAAAUGGUGUAAAAAUAGAUCUUAUUUCCGUCUUGAUGGAAGUACAUCAGCACAAGAAAGAGAGAAGUUAAUAAAUCAGUUUAAUUUACCUGACAAUAAUACAUCAUGGUUGUUUCUACUAUCUACAAGGGCUGGAUGUUUAGGUAUUAAUUUGAUAGGAGCUAAUAGAGUUAUAGUUCUUGAUGCUUCCUGGAAUCCGUGUCAUGAUUGUCAAGCCAUUUGCCGUGUGUUCCGUUUUGGACAGAAAAAGAAAUCCUAUAUUUAUCGCUUUGUUACAGAGAAUACACUUGAACGAAAGAUCUAUGAUCGUCAAGUAAAUAAACAGAAAAUGUCUGAUCGUGUGGUAGAUGACCUGAACCCAGAUAAUAUGAGACGAACAUCCAACGACCUUCUAGUCUUUCAGGAUCGGGAUUAUCCUGAAGUAGAUUUCUCUGACAAGAUGGAGAAACACACAGAUCCUGUUAUUCUAAAUGUUUUGAAUAGAGAAGGAAAAUGGCUGACUGAGCCUCCGUUCACACAUGAAUCAUUACUGUUGGAUCGUAAAGAAUUGAGACUAAGUAAACGUGAAAAACAACUUGCCAAAGAAGGUUAUGCUAGAGAUAAAAAGAUGAGUGUAACCUAUAGUCGACCGUCGUAUGCUGCUUUCUAUCCAAAUAGAGGUGGUGUUGGUCUACCUAUUAUCAGAAAUCAACAAGGGUUACCGUAUACACGAGGAGCGUAUGUACGACCAGUAGCUAGUGUUAAACCUAUGAUAUCUACACCAUUACCUAUAGGAUUUAAAGCUGGUGGUAAACUAGAUUCACCAUUAGGUAAUAGUAUAAUGAGACCAGGUGUAUCAGUUCAUCAAGUUAUAACAACUACAGAAAUUGUAUUGCCUGGUUCUAACACUGCUACUCAGGCUGGUGCUGUGAACAGGAUUCCACCAGGACAGAAAGUGCUAGUCAUUAAGACAUUGAAGGGAGUAUAUAUACGUACAGCUGAUAAGAAACUAUUUGCUGUAAGAUCAAAGACCUUACCCGGCCCUUCUAUGGCACCUCCUGGUCCACUAAAUUUAUCAUCAUCUGCAUUAACCACAUUGUCAGCUUCACAACCAACAGGAUUAACGCGACCAAUACCAUCCAUUUCUUCAAGUACCGCCACUUCAUCAUCUCCAGCUAACCUCAAUAUUAAGAUUAUUUCAAGUGGAGGUGCAGCUUUUAACGGCAAGGAGAAAAAAAUUAUUAUAAACAGGAACAAUAAUAGUGCUAUGGUGAAAGCCUUUCCAAAACCAUCCACUCAAUCCAAGAGCCCAAUGGCAGCAGAAUUACUACAGAGUGAAAUGUUGUCUACCAUCUACUCUCAGACGGACACAGUCAAUGCUCUACUGAGAGAUCAAGAUUCAGAAAAUAGUUCAGAGGCUUCUUCUAGUGAUAAACCAAAUGACACAAAUGUCACUUUUACUGGUUCAUCAAGGUCUAGUACCAAUGCUACCACUAGUAUUAAAACUAAUAACAUGGAUGGGGGUGGAUAUAUGGUUCGUGUUAAUCCUAAUCCACUUAACUCAGUCAUAGAUAAUGAUUCUACGUGUACGAAGGACUUUGAUUCUCUCAACUUAUCUAUAGGAUCGAUCAACAAACCUGUUGGCAUCUCUAAACCAGCUGCAUCCACCAUUACUACUUCACAGGACAGUAAUCACAUCCUUGGUCAAACACCUCCUAACUCCUCAUCACAAUCUAACAGUAUGGACAGUUUUCCUUUCAGCAAUGAAGACAUGAACCCUAGUGCUAGUACAAACCUGACUAAUCACCCAUAUAAUGUGACAUCAAGUAACAUCACCGACAGCAAUAUAAGUAACUUCCAUGGUUCUAGUAGAAACAAUAGUUUUAGUGCUCAGAAUUCUGGUGUUUUUAAUGCAACUAAUUCAAACCCUGGACCUGAUUAUAAUGCUUUUCAAUCUAACAAUGCUAGUUCUGACCCACGAAAUGCCUUUAGCAACAGCGGAUAUUACGAUCAAGAAUAUAAUUUUGGUGGAUCUAAUAGCAUGAAUAAAAUGGAUAAUGCAAGUGAAAUAUUAGAUUUGUGUAACCAGUAUGGAGAUAGCGAUUCCCAAGAUUACAAUCUUCAGAAUCAAUCUGCUAAUUCCAUUAGUGAAUUGUUGGAGUCGUCGUCCGAGAGAACAAGUCAACGGGUUGGUCCACCUAAUAUGUCAGUCAGUAACCACUCAGAGAACAACAUGAUCACUGAUGAUACCAGUACCAGUCAGAAUAAUACCACCAAUGCAAGUGCAAACAGCAACAACCCCAACUACUCUCAGAAUAAUCAAGGAAGCUCAAACAAUCAAAGUUCUUACAAUAAUUUUGGAAAUAACUACAACCCGAUGGGAAACUUUGGUCAUUCUAACAACUAUAAUAAUAGUACGUUUAAUAGUGGCAUGCAGCAAGCAUCACCAAUGAUGGACCAGAAUUAUGUGAACCCUUACACCAAUAUGCCCGCUAAUCCUUUCUUCCCUUAUUUCCCGCAACAUAAUUAUCCAAUGAUGGGACAGACGCCAGGCAUGGGCAUGCAUAUGGGUGGUAUGCCAUUAAUGUCUGGUUUUAAUCCAGGAAUAAUGGGUGGUAUUCAGCCUCAAAUGAUGUCUCAGAUGUCUAGUCCGACCACAUCUAGCAGUCAACAGCCAACAGAACAACCAGCAACUAACACCACCUCAUCCCCACAAGUUCCUAUGCAUCAUCAAGGAAUGUACGGUAUGCCUUACAUGAACACUCCUAUGAAUCCUUUUAUGUAUAACAAUUCCCCCAACUCUAUGUAUAUGCCCAUGAUGAAUCCAUUUUCAUCUGUGGCUGCCCAACAGAUAAAUUCCAUUGCCAAUGGAAUGAACCAGACUCCCAACCAAUCGCAUGAGCAGAGCUCAACAGGCAAUAUGCAGGCCGAUAGCAAUCCUGUUACUACAGCGAAGUGAAAUGAAGGAAUUUUAAAAACUGUUUAGAUAUAAACAAGUUGAUAUAUCAGUGCAAUUUGUAUGUCGGUUAAACAUCCUGUUUUAAAUACAUGAUUUUGAAAAGUGAAUUAAUUUGUUAAUGUGUAAUGGCAAUUAAUGGCUUUAAAGAAAUAGAAGAAUAACUGUGUGAUCUAAAUUACAUUAAAAUUAUUAGUCAAGACGUUUGUAAUGUGAUCUGAGAAUCAGUAGGGAAAUUUUGUGUAAUGUGAACUUUUAAUUUAAGAAGAGUAAACUGUACAUGUGUAAUGUGAACUUUUAAGUAAAGAAAAGUAAACUGUACAUGUAUAAUGUAAACUUUUAAAUAAAGAAGAGUAAACUGUACAAUGUAAACUAAUUUACAUUUAAAGAAUCGGAACUGUGUAAUGUGAACUAAUUACAGUAAUGAAUAAUAUUAAAGAUAACUUGCAAUGUACAUGUAAACGAAAUUAUAUUUAAAGGAAUUGUUUUACACUAUAACUGAUAACUGUAGUAUGGAUAUACAUGUAGUGGGUACAUAGUGUUGUUUGAUGAUAAAAUAUUUUCUAUGAAAAUGUUUUUACGGUACACAUAUCAUUUAUUUUGUAGGUCACUAAUCGUAUCAAUGAAAUUAUGCAUUAUUGAUGUUCUUUGUUUUACAUUGUAUAAAGUUUGUUCAUAAUAGCGCAUAUUGAAUUUGAUAGGCAUUUUUUAUAGUUCAAACUUUCAUUUUACUUGUCUUUACUACACUAGGAUCUGGAAGAGUUGUUAUAUGAAGUUGAUGUGAAGGAUUAGCCAAUGAAACAUCGAGUUCUUGGCAUUCGCUGCACGGAACAGUGGGUAUUCAACUAGAAACAUCAACGCUGAUUGAUUAAUAAAAUGGCUGAUGUCGUAGGUCAUAUGCUGCUUGUAUCAACGUUGAUUGGUUUUUUUUUUUAAUCAAAUGUCUGACAUCAUAGGUCGAAGCUCGCGCGUAUGACCCCUGGCGCAAGCUCUUACUAUAACUGGUCAAAUCUUCAUGCAGUAGAGGCCAUCAAAAGUAUAAAAAAAAACGGAAAGAAAUAUAGAUCUGUAUUUUAAUCAGAUUGGACUUUAUUAAUGAGUCCACAAAAUCUAUCUCUUGUUAUCGCAGGUGGCACACACUCUACAUGAUGUAGGUGCAACAAAAUGAAGUCUUUGGGUGAUAAUUAGCCUUUGUGUGUGUGUGUGCGUUAAAACCAAAAACAUUUGUCACUGUAAGUAAAUGAUUUUCAAAAACAAGAACCUUUCUGUACAAAUAAAAUCAGAACCAGUCACAAUUAAUAACUGCGACCAUUUACGGUUCCUGUAUAUUGUUCAUAUUUAUCAUAUUUUCAUCCAAUUUUAAUAUUUCGGAAAGAAUUUUACUCUUGUGUUUGGAAUUUGGGCACCAACAACUAGAAACAAUGUAUAAGGAGACUGUACAUUGUUUAUGUACUGAAUUUCAAGGAUGCCACCUCGCUAUAGGCGCCAAUCUGAUAAAAUUACAGAUCUAUGUUUUGGUUUUUUGGUUUUUUUACAUGAAGAUCUGACUGGUGGAAGUGGAAGGUCGUGUCAGAGGUCAUACAAGCGGCUUUUGACCCUAUGACAUCAGACGUUGAUUAACCUAUGAGCGUUUAUGUUUCUAGUGGGUUACCCAUAGUUCUUUAUGCCAAAAACUCACCGUAAAAGACCGUUUCAUUGGCUAAUCAGUCACAUCAUCCAGAAUGCGGUUUAUAUAACGACUCUUCCAGAUGCUAGCGUAAUAAAGUCAAGUAAAACGAAAGUUUGAACUAUAAAAAUCGGAACGAAUAGGAUAUGUGUUUUAAUCAGAUUGUAUAGGCACUUGACUGCAACAAUCUAACUAGGCUACUGCAUAGAAUCAUGAAAUUAGGAGGUGUGGAAUCUGGUUUUAAGAUAUGUGUGUAAAUAUAAUAAUAUAUGUAACUGUAAGUAAAAUAUAUUAUAAGGACCAUGUUCUCGUUCAACCUAUAUUACACACACUUUUCUUUUUCUCUUUUAAAAUUACAUUCAUAUGACCAUUCUAAACUGGGUAUUCUGUAAUUUUAAUUAAUGCAGAGAAAAAGACAACAAAAUUGUUUUCUCAACUUAUUUAUAUAUCUAUAUACAUACACAACUGUAUCUGUUUACAUUUGAAUUAUUGGAGAGGAAAAAGACAAUGAAAUUUUUUACAUUUACUGAAUAUCAAGCCAUGAAAUUUUAUUUAAAAAAGAAUUUGGUUUAAACAAAUUUAAUACAAGUGAAAAAGGUAAUUAUGUAUAACUUCAGAGGAUUUUUAAUAUUUUAUUUCUUUUUAUCUGUUGUUUAAUUUCGUAAAAUAUAUUAUAUACCAUAUAUCAUUGUUGUACAUUAUAUCUUGUCUUUAAUUCUUAUCACUUUGUAUAUCUGUGUAAUUCUUCCCAUCCAGACUUUCCUUUCCUGUAACACUUGUAAUAUUUUUGACUUCAUUUUAAUGUUAUUCAUGUAAAUUUAAAUUAUUAUUCAGAUCAUGUCCACACAUUGUAGAAUAUUCAUAUUUACAUUAAUAUAUAACUGUACCCUACUGGCUUUAAACAUGCACAUGAACUUAAAUGUUAUAUUAAUAUUUGUUAAGGACAUCAUUUAUACAUUAUGUAUGUUUUGUUGCUGUACCAUAUACCAUGUAUGGCAAUUAAUAGUCCUAGUUUUAAAUCAAAAUUUUGUUAAGAUUUAAGAAUAACUUUAAAUGUAGAAUUAUUGUGAUAAAAAAAUAAGAAUUUC